GUGUUUGACAGUCCCAUGGGAUGCAACCUGCUCGUGACGCAAGCCAGCGGAAAGCCAAUGACGUUUUGCGCAUGCUCACGUUGAGCCAGAGAGCUGCAAGGAAAAAGUACAAGAGACAAAGGAAUAAACAACUCAAGGAGUGGACGCGAAAAAGCCAAGUUAGAGGAACGAAAGCAGCUCAGCCCGUAACAUAUCGUAUACCGACAGAGCCAAGGUUAUCUCUGGGGUUCUCACGGUGGUCUACUAUGGCAGUUGUCAGGGUCCUGCACUGCUGACCCAUUUAUUCCCAGUCAGCUGUACAAGUCAUGCUGUAAGUCUUUUCCACCCUGAUGUCGGCCAAAAUGGAAAGAACUGCUCUGCCCUAGUGGUUACUAUGGUGCUUGGCAAGUCUUUGUGCAAAAACAUGAAGAGCACAGAAAGAGGACACAAUCGAAUCUGCUUCUGAGAAGAUCCAUCGGUUUCCACUUGUGUUUUUUUUUGUUCUUUUCACUGAUUCACUGCAAGGUGCGCUGGCUCACCUUUCACUCCAGUAGCUACCUCCCCUCCCCUUGCCACUCAUCCCAAGCAGCUGAGAGGUUGCUGUGGAGAUGAUAGUGGUGACAUAGCAGCAGGAAUGGGGAGUACUCCAUGUUCUGGUAAGGGGAGGGGGGUCGGGGGGUUUCAGGAGCUGGGCUGUAUGCCAUGGAAGGUCAGCAAGCAGAAAGGAGAAGCCGUCGGUGGACGCGGGUCCGAGCUGGACGAUAGGCCGAAUGCUGGAACGCCCCCCACCUCAUCACAACCUCCUGCCAUUUAUCACGAAAAGCAGCAUCGGGAGCUGUGCGCUCUGCAUGCCCUAAACAAUGUCUUCCAGGACGGAGCGGCCUUCAGCCGUGAUGCACUUCAGGACAUCUACCAGAGGCUCUCCCCUAGCACUUUGGUAACGCCCCACAAGAAAAACAUGCUGGGAAAUGGCAACUAUGAUGUGAACGUUAUCAUGGCUGCAUUGCAGACACGUGGGUUUGAGGCUGUUUGGUGGGACAAGAGAAGGGAUGUGGGCAGUAUUGCACUGCCGAACGUCACUGGAUUCAUCUUGAAUGUGCCAUCCAAUCUGCGCUGGGGGCCGUUGCGACUGCCCCUCAAGCGCCAACACUGGAUUGGAGUUCGAGAAGUGGGAGGAGUCUACUAUAACUUGGACUCCAAACUGCGCAGUCCUCAUGCUAUUGGAACAACUGAUGAACUGAGGAAGUUUUUGCGUCACCAGCUUCGAGGGAAGAACUGUGAACUCCUAUUGGUUGUGCCAGAGGAGGUGGAAGUCCACCAGACGUGGAGGUCUGAUAACUGAUGAAUGUUUUGGAUCGUUGUUGUUUUUUUUGUUGUUUUUGUUUUGUUUUUUUGUUUCGGAGGUUUCUCAAAUUCAUGCUCAGGAGGGAAAUGUGAGGUUCAAUCAGGGACCCAUUUAAAGAGCAAAUGGACUUGCACUCAACUAGUCAUGAAAGCACACUGCUCAGACUUGUUUACACUCUCACACACACACACUCACACUCACACACACACACACACCGCUGGACUCUUGCCAUGGAGAUUGAAGCAGCAAAGGACACACACAGGGAUAUCACAAGACAACAAAACACUACGCAGAGAAUUUUGUUUGGUAUUUGGGAUUCUGAUGCAUUUUUUUAUACAUUGAUUAUUUCUUUUACUUUGUACUGUUUUCUGACUUGAAAGUGAGGGGUUAUGGAAUUAUUAGUGAUGUGUUCUGCUCGUGCAUCACCUGUCAUCCUCACCACUUCUCUCUUCCCAUGUGAUUUCCUGUGCAUCCAUGUGAUCGUCUGAACUGUCCGCCACACAUUACAGGUCACCGAAAAAGGUAUUUGUUUGACCAACUGGAUUUUAACACAGGGGUGCAUAUGUACUUAUUUAGUGCAUGUACUUGAAGAUUUAGAGAAGGAACACCAGUAGCCCCUGCUUAACCGUUUCCUACAUAUUUAAUGGCAUAGUGACAGAUGAGAUGUUUCCUGUGUAUCACAGUACAGCAUGGCACCACAGUAAUUGGAUGUUUUGUGUUAGUUUCCUAUAACAUAUGUUACCAAAACGGUCACUUGUUAAUCUCUUACCUUAAAUGGUUGCUCUGGACACCCUUUUCUUGUUAAACAGUUAAGGUUAGACUUGUUGAAUCCUAGACUACAUGUAGGAAAAUAAAACAGGUGAGUGUUGGUAGUAAAAAAAAAAAAAAAAAAAAAAAAAAAAAA